AUGCAACUUCGCGCAUUCAUCGUCGUCGCCCUCGCCGGUGUGCUCUUGCCUGCUGCAAACGUCGCGGCCAACCCUACCGUCCGGCUCGUCGACGGCGGAACUCACGCUGGCCAGGCCGAUAUCGCUGCGCUCGAGGCCCGCAGAAGAUGCAAUGACGUCGACUAUAUCGACAUCAAGUUUGAUUACAGUGGCAAGACAUUCGCGUUAUGCGCGAACGUCUUCUACCAGACUUGGUUGGACGCGAGCACCCCAUCUUAUUUCUCCUUGUGCGGGACGGAGUCGUUCUUGUGCAACCGCGCUAAGUAUAGUGGCGUCUGUAACAUGGCCAACGUAUUAAUAAGUUGCGAGGUCGCAAGCCAGUACUGCGCCUCGUUGGGCGGAAACAUGUACUGCUUCCCAGUAGUAGAGGACGGCGCGGCUUCUGUUGAAGUAGGACAUUCGCGCAGCGAGUAA